AUGGAUCUUCUAUCAGUCUUGCCUGCUUUCGCGACAAAACCAUACGCACAUAUCCUGCCUUCGCUAGAGCGCAGCAAACUCACCACCGUCGACCUUAUCACUCUUGACACGCUUGAGAUUGCGAAACGCGCCCAUGUGCCCCCCGCAGACGUCCGGCGGCUUUGCGUUCGCGUCGUCGAGGCGCUGCACGCCGACCUUGGAUUCCAGAAAACACAGACAAAUAUAGAUUCCACGGACGAGAAUGACCCUAGCUCGAGUAUCAAUGCGGAUGCUGCUGUUACCCUUGGUCCCUCGAUCAAGCUUCAGCCGUCGCGAUGGGACAUGAUCAGCACCCUAGACCCCACUAUGGAUGCACUUUUGGGAGGCGGCAUUCCAACAGGAUACAUGACGGAAGUGACAGGCGAAAGUGGCAGCGGCAAGACCCAAUUCCUCCUGAGCCUACUCCUGGCUGUUCAGUUAGCCAAACCCCGUGGACUACAGAAGCGUGCCAUCUACAUAUCAACAGAGCACCCGCUAGCCACAAAUCGUCUUUCCCAAUUACUCGAAUGCCACCCAUAUCUCUCGACCCUCCCCAAAGACCAGAUCCCGACGCUUGAGAAUGUCCUCUCUAUCAACGCCAUGGACCUGGAGACUCAAGACCACAUCCUCAACUACCAGCUUCCGGUUGCAAUUGCGAAAUACAAUGUUGGACUAGUCAUCAUGGACUCACUCACAUCGAACUACCGCGCUGAGCAUACCGACCACAGUAUUCUAGCCCUCUCCAGCCGAACCACCGCGCUCGCCAAGCUAGGCCACAUGUUUCGCAACCUCGCCGUGAAAGAGAACAUUGCAAUUGUCAUCGCAAAUCAAGUCUCAGACCGGUUUGAGAGUGUCGAAACCAUUAUAAACGAUGCAUCACGGCCUGGCUUCCCAAUCCCAUUAACCCCAGCAGCUCGGGAUUCUGGCGUUGCCUCGCCAAUCCCUCGAAACAGGUCCGAUAUACUGGGACCAUCAACCCAGUCACCGCAUGAUGCCCCUUCUUCUUCUUCUCCAUCUUCAUCCCAGUACCCACCCGAAGAUGACCAAUUUGCUGGAUCAUACCUCGUCGGGAAUCCGGCUCGGAACGACCUCAUGAGCCUUCUGCACCAGGAACGCUUCUUCACUGGCUGGGGAGAUUCCGAUUAUCCUAAUACAUCGUCCCUCAAGACCCCAGCACUGGGCUACUUCUGGUCCACGCAGAUCGCGUGUCGCAUCGCGCUUUAA